ACGGCGGCUCGGCGGGCAGGGCCCGGCACCGCGGGCACCGCUACCGGAGGGGGGAUCGCACACCCCCCGCCAUCCCAAGGCCGCGGCUUUGUUGGGUUUUUUUUUUCCUUUUUUUUUUUCUUGCCCUUUUUUUUUUCGUCUCCUGUUUUUUUUGUUCCAGAAGCUUCUUGCUCUCUCGUGAACUUUGGAAGUUGGGGGACAUCACCGGGACGGGGAUCUGCCCCGUCCCUCCCUCCCUUUCACCUGCCCCCCAGUGAACGCAAGAGCUGCCGACACACCCAGACAUGGCUCAGGGGUGGCUGAGUCGUCCACGGCCAGGCAAGGGCAGCAUGGGGGACUCGGAUGACCUGGAUGACAGCCUGACCAGCCUCAUGUGGCUGCCGGACUUCUCAAUCCGAGCUAGCAUUGGCAAAUCCUCCUGCCCCAGCGGCCCGGACCCCCACGACUGUCAGAGGAUCCCCAGCUUUGCUGCCCCAUGCUCACCCCUGGCUGCCGACCCGGCGUGCAUGGGCAUGCCCCACACUCCCUGCAAGCCCAUCUCCUCCUCCACCUCGAGGACGGCACACCAUGCCGUGGCCAUGCCCCCGCACCUCGCCGAGGACAUCGACUACAAGACCAACCCGCACAUCAAGCCACCCUACUCCUAUGCCACCCUUAUCUGCAUGGCGAUGGAAGCCAGCAAGAAGCCCAAAAUCACCCUCUCUGCCAUCUACAAGUGGAUUACUGACAACUUCUGCUACUUCCGACAUGCUGAUCCCACCUGGCAGAACUCCAUCCGGCACAACCUCUCCUUGAACAAGUGCUUCAUCAAGGUGCCCCGGGAGAAGGGUGAGCCAGGGAAAGGUGGGUUUUGGAAGCUUGACCCCGAAUAUGCUGACCGGCUCAAGAACGGUGCUUCCAAAAAGCGGAGGAUGCCCUCGGUGCAGAUCCAUCCGGCCUUCACCAAAAAAGCCCAGCAAGGAUCAUGGUGCGUCACCAGCCCGCCCGCUUCAGCUUGCACCUCCAAUAACAUUCUCAACGUCAGCACGGAGUCGCAGCAGCUCCUGAAAGAGUUUGAAGAAGUCACCGGCGACCAGAACUGGAACCUGGUGGAUGGCAAAGCAGGUCACAAGCGCAAGCAGCCCUCGCCCAAGCGAACGGCCAAGGCGCCCCGGCUUUCCAACCCGGCUUUGCUGACCCAGGAAGAGCAGAGCGAGCUGGGAUCGCUCAAAGGUGACUUUGACUGGGAAGCCAUCUUCGACACCAACCUGAAUGGAGAUUUCUCCACUUUUGGGGAUCUGGAGCUCACACCUCCUAUCACCCCCGUAACGCGUGACCUGGACUUGACGGUACACGGGCGCCACAUCGACUGUCCCCAGGGGCAGGAGCAGGUCCUCACUGAAUCCAGCCAGAACAACUUGGACUUUGAUGAAACCUUCAUGGCCACUUCUUUCCUGCAGCAUCCCUGGGAUGAAGGGUCGAAUGAUUACCUCUCCAACUCCAUCAACGUGGAGCAGUUGUUUGAGCUCAACGAUGUCUCUCUGCCAGGCGACGGGAGCGACUGGACCAGUCUGGCCUCUCUCCUGUAAGAGGCCAGUUGCCAUUCAAAGCCCACCCAGACUUUAGCAGGAUGCUCCCCUCCAUGCUGGUGGGACUUAAAAGGGACAAGAUUUUCUACAGAUAGACACAUCCAUAGUGACUUUUGCCAGCUUCAUCGUAAGAUUAUUCACAGGAACACCAGGGAGGAGAAAAAAAACAACCACCACCACAACAGGAACUGUUUGAUAUAUCUUUAAAGGACACACCAGAAGUCUCAAGUUCAUGAGUUUUUUCAAGAGAAGAAUAUGACAUUACUUAUUUUUUUACUUUCAAAGGAAGAAAUGUGAAUUAUCUUUUUUCUUUUUUUUUUUCCUGUGGAAAUGGACACUGCAUAUGUUCCUCCAGGGCUAAAGGAGAACAUCUGCAUAAUCCCACCCAAGACAGGAGAUUUCUGGUGGCUUAGGACUCCAUAGACUAAGUGCAAUUUUCUCACCUCUUUGUCUCUCCAUUUCUCUCUGUUCUUUUUCUGUCUAGGGUAGUUGGUAGGUAUAGCGUGAUAAUUAGCUUACAGGUAAAUAGAAGUCCCUUCUGGAUUCUCUGAGUUCAACCUCCCUCCUGACUUGUGCCUAGGGAGGACGAAAAGGUCUAUAAAUUCAGCAAGUCUGCCUCUUUAGAUGUUUUUAUAUAAUCUAUUAUAUAUUAUAUAUGCAAAGAAACCUAUAUUUUUAGCAUUAGAGUUUCAUAAUAGUGGCGGGUUAGGGGAAAUGCAGUUUGGGAGUUGUUUUAUAUUUUCAGUGUUUUUAAAGGCUUGUGUUUGUCAUUUUGUAAACCAAGACCACACGAAGGAGGAUUCCUGCACCAGCAGCAACAGGUUUCCUUAAGGAUCCAGGGACUGGCCUCAGCAGAAGCAAAGCAGCGGGGACCAGGGUGCUCCCAGAACUGGCUUUUGUACUUUUUUGUACCCAAAAUCCUCGCUGUGGUUGCCGAAGGGUCUAGGCCACCAUAAACUUUCUCUGUCCUUCACCAUCUGACAAAGCCCCUCUCUGUUUUUGGUCCAAGACUGCUCUCCACUUCUCUUGCUCAUCCAUCAGGCUCCAAGCGGCUGCUGGGACAAUGCAGGACCCCAAAGGAGGAUGUGCUUUUGGGGGAGCCAUGAGGAAAACACCAUGACAUGGCCAUCAUCUGUCAGUGACGGGGUCAUUCCCCAUUGAAUACUCCCAGGUGGGACCGAGGAGGAAAAAGACCCACAUCCAGGCCUCAUCCAGAAGCCUCAAGCCAAAGACUGUGCGUGCAACAGGCUCCGAGGACGGCAGCGGAGAUGAAGUCCCCCUGAUGAUCUCGCAGAUGGUCUUUUAGCAUCUCUGCAGCCUUGUCACCAUCCAGCCAGGAGCCGUUUGUCACCCAGGAGAGCUGCUGGGACUGACACGGACCAAAGCUUUGGCCCUUGGGCUCGGUGGGUAGCGAGAGCGGGGCAGGGUCCCCGCAAAGUAGCUCCAAACCAUUUCAGGAGCGGAGCCAAACUCUGCUGAAACUUGACUGGAAGGUCUCCAGAACUGGAUUCUUUGCCCCUCCUUUGCUGUAGGUUAUUAGAGAUAGAGUAGCCAUUAGGUAGGAGUAAGUAGAAGCUGUAGAUUUAGUGGUGUGUCUUAGACUUGCCGAAAAAAAUGGAAGAUUGUAAAGAGUUUCUUUUUUGGUUACAAAAGCACUUAGGACCUUUCAGAUGAGCAAUAUAAUUUAGCGAGAGUAUAGUUGUAGUAUAAGAAUCAACAAGAAAGCCUUAAAAAUAUAUAUAUAUAUAAAUUACCCUUGGAGUAAGUUGCACCCAAAUUUGGGGAGAGAGUUGGGGCCGUGCAGGCAGGAGCACAAGUCCUGCAUCCCCCUGGUAAAGCAUGGAGCGGGCUGAGAUUUGACAACUCCAGCUCAUGUAACCAGCAGAGCUGGAGCCAGGGCCACCCCUUCGCCCAGGUGCCAGCGUCUGAAGUCCCCUGGGAUGCCACCACAUGGCUGGGGACAGUGUCCCAGAGCCGAGGAGCGAGAUUUGGGGAUUGAUGUAGAUGUAUAUAACUGUAUUGGCGAUACUUCUUUUUUAAUUGUUGUUUUUGUUAUAUUUUCCUGUUUUGGGGCCUCUAUACUGAUGCUGAAGAACUGCAAAGAUAUGUGUGCAAUUUAACCUUUUUUCAUGGAAAGUUAUUUACAAAGUAAAAGAAAAAAGAGAAGAAAAAA